GGAUUUACAAGAUUUUACUCACAGCUGAGCGCUGAGAGAGGCAGUUUGCUUGCCGAGCAAGUGAAAAAAUGGGAAAAAACUUCAGGAUUUUGAUGCUGCUCUGCACAAUAGCGGUUGUGUUCUACAUUUCGUUUUUUCUAAAAGGUUCCGGCGAUAACAGCAUCAACAUCGAAGCCGUCCAGGUCUACUUGCUGGACGAAGACGCAGAAGAUGAUCUACCGGAAGGCGAGGAGGAAAAUUUGCAGUUUUUGGUUGACUUGACGCCGAUGCUGGAUAAACCAGUCGAUUUCCAGCAAAAUUACGGUGAAGACGUUAUAUUUUUCACCGAGACGUCCAGCACGGGACGCGUGCACGUCAGGGCAGUUUGCACCUUGGAGGCGGCAUCUUCCUUGAAUCCGAAAACGCAGAUUUUUCUCGUCUUCUCCCAACAAGUGCAGGUCAUCAGUCUCACUCGCAACCCUGCCCUGGCCGAGCUGCUGAAACGAGCGCAAAACGUGCACAUGGUCACCGUCAAUAAUCAUCAGGUCAUAAAAGACACGCCGUUGGAAGGAGUUUUCACAACUGAGCUUGCAAAGUCCCCAACCCCAAAUGAGCACCUGAGCGACUUCUUGCGCCUCGGCCUCCUGUGGAAGCUGGGUGGGACCUACAUGGACCUCGACCUGCUCACUUUCAAGAGCCUCCUACCGAUCGUGCGUCUGAAGAAUUUCCUCACCGCCGACACCGAGGACAAAAUCAACACGUCCAUGCUGGGUUUCCAGAGAAACCACCCUUUUUUAAUGUUCAUCAUGGAAACGAGCCGCGAACAGUACAACCCUUUCGCGUAUUCUAUCGUGCCCUAUUCAUUCAACGUUGCGACUCGGGAAUACUUCAACAUGUCGGUCGGGGAAGUUUUGACGAGAGGGCAAAUCUCGGACGUUUCCUUUCUGAACAAAUCGGUGAUAAGUCCGGUGGUUUAUGACGAAUCGCUGGACUUGUACAGUGGAAACAGAAAAGUUGGACUGGUGGACAAGUUGCUGGAGAAUAGUUUUGGUGUUCACAUGUGGGGCAGCAAGAGUUCAAAAUUGAAAAUGAAACUGCAAUCAAAAGCGCCUUACGUUGUUUUGGCGAAGAAAUUUUGUCCCCAUGCCUUAAAGCAUACUCCUCGAUAUUUUUAGCUUAUAAAAUACUUUUAAAAGAAAAUUUCGUUAAAAUAUAUAUAAAAAAAAUGAAAAAAAUAAUUGUUAACAUGUAUGAAAAAUACAUUUUUUAAAUUGUCUACUCAUUCGCUAAACAGAUCGAUUACCAAUCAAUGAUUUUCAUUUUGGUCUCAGUUUUAUUAAACUUUUUAAA